UUAAAUUUUCUUAGAGCUACAAUGAAAACGUAUUAAAAAAACAAUAAUUAAAUACACCUUAAUUACGAAACGUAAAAUGUCAGUUAAAAAAAAAAAAAAACAGGUGUAUUGGUAGUUGCUGUAUGGUAAAUUUAAUUUUAGUGCCAAUAGCAACAGUCUGCGUAUGCAGUGCGGCCGAUGAAUACUUAAGUGAUGCGAAAAUGCAAAUGUUAGUGUCUUAACGAUUUGCGAUUAUAUGUAAUAUUAACAAUUAACUAUUCUUAAAAAAAAAAUGAGUAAAACAAUCAAAAAUUAUGGAUUUCCAACGCACGUCAUAAAUUACCAUCAUUGGUGCAAGUCAAAAUUCAUAAAUGGAGUUCCAUGUAUGAUUCAUAAUCAUGAGGAUUCUUGUCGAUCUUCACCUAAUAAUGCUUUAGAAUUGAACUCAAAACAAAGAUCUCAUUCUAUAAAUUUUGUAUCGUCUGAUUACGAAAGUUUAGAUUAUGAUCAUUACGAAAGUGAACUUACUGUCAGAGAAGAAAAGUUAAACGGUUAUAGAACAGUAGUGGCAAGUAAUGUUAUUAGAUGGCUUAUUUAUUUUUCCAUUGCCAUAUGUACUGCAGCAGUUGGAAUUUUUAUUGAUACUGCUAUUGAAUAUUUUUAUGAUUGGAAAUAUCAGUCUAUUCGAAAUUGUAUUGAUGUUAAACAUUCUAUGAUAGAAUGUCUGAUAAUUUGGCUUCUUUUCACUGUCCUUCCUACAAUUAUUGGAUGUUCUGUUGUUCUAUUUAUGGAGCCUUCUGCCGCUGGGAGUGGUAUUCCAUUUGUAAUAUCUUAUUUAAAUGGAGUUCGUAUACCAAGAAUGACAGCAGUUCGAUGUUUAUUUGUAAAAGUUGUAAGCGUAGUAUGCGUCUGUAUUGCUGGUCUUGGCGGAGGAAAGGAAGGACCAUUAAUUCAUAUUGGAGCGAUGGUUGGUGGUUCAGUAGUAGAGGCAUGGUGGAGAAGUUUCAGGAAUAGUCCUGGUCAAAAAUCCAUCGGGCCAUUGCAAAAUGAUCGAGAAAGGAGAGACAUGAUGGCAGCCGGUGCUGCUGCAGGAUUGUCAGCUGCUUUUGGUGCUCCUGUAGGAGGAACAUUAAUGAGUCUUGAAGAAGGAACUAGUUUUUGGAGUUCAAGUCUCAUGUGGAAAGUAUUUUUUUGUGCAGCAAUAGCUUUCCCAACAUUUAAUGCUGGUAAAAACAUACAGUUUACCAAAAGCACAAAUGAUUCAGAUUCUGUUGACAGUAAAAGUAUAUAUUUUUUUGGAAAGUUCAAUGAAACUGCAUAUUAUUUUUCUUAUUCAGAAUUUCCUGUUUUAAUAUUAUUUGGUAUAUUUGGUGGUGUUCUUGGAGCUUUAUUUGUUAACCUAAAUUAUCGUCUGUCCAUUUUAAGAAUGAAAUACAUUGUGUCAAAUAGAAAAAAACUUCUUGAAUCUGUAUUCGUCGCCACAUUUGUUACAACCAGCAGUUUAAUAUCUAUGGUUUUGUUUGAAAAUUGUCAACCUAAAAUAAAGAUUAACUCGUCCAAUGUUAUCCAAAUGAACUGUCCAGCAGGGAGUUAUAACGAAAUUAGCUCAUUUUGGCUUCAUACUCAAGAGGAAAGCAUUAGAUCUUUAUUCCACUACCCAAUUGAUGCAAUUUCAAUUACCUCAUUAAUAGUGUUUUGCGUUAUUUACUUCAUAUUAACUGAACUAACUAUUGGUCUUAACAUGUCAGCUGGAUUGUUUUUACCUUCGCUAUUGAUUGGAGCUGCGUGGGGACGUAUUGUUAGCAUUAUUAUUCAUUAUUAUUCUCCAGAUUUUAUUAUAAAUGAUCCAGGAAAAUAUGCAUUACUUGGUGCUGCAGCACAAUUAGGUGGAAUCGUCAGAGCUACAAUUAGUCUAACUGUUGUUUUCAUUGAAGCUACGGGAAAUGUACAGUUCUUAUUACCAUUAAUGAUUACUUUAUUCACAGCUAAAUGGACCGGUGAUUUUUUUACAGAUGGUAUAUAUGAAAUGCAGAUCAAACUUUCUGGUGUUCCUUUAUUAGUAAGCGAACCGCCACCUUUAACAAGUGAUAUAACAACAGAAGAUUUCAUGAGCGAUACAGUUUGUGCUAUACCUCAUAUACUUAUGGUUGGAAAAUUAGUAGACAUAUUGAACACAACUAAACAUAACGGGUUUCCUGUUGUAGCAUCAAAAGUUUGCUUUUGUCGAACAAAGGCAAAGGAACACAAAUGCUACGGGUUACUUAAAGGAUUUAUUCUACGGUCUCAGUUAAACGUCAUUCUUGAGCACAAUUUAUAUCUAACUCCUUUGCAUGAUGAAAAUUAUUGCACAAAAUUAAAGCUUAUCAGAAACUCAAUGUACACUUGUGAAGACAUCAAAUUAUAUCAGAGAUUAAAUAUUGACGAAGAUGAAAGAAGUAUUCUUAUCGACCUAAGACCAUACAUGAAUCCAUCACCUUAUAUUGUUCGCUUAGAAACAAGUUUAACAAGAACUUUUAGAUUGUUUCGUACAUUAGGACUGCGACAUAUUGUUGUCAUCAAUAACACCAACGAGGUAGUUGGAAUCAUAACUCGAAUGGAUCUAGCAAAAUUUCGUCUGUGGAGAAAAGCUACUACAAUGGGAUUGAAAGAAGUCAAUGUUUAUUAAGACUAAGUAAUAAGUUGAUUUAAUAUGUAAUUCUUAAUUUUAUAUACUUAAUUAUGUUUAAUAUUUUUGUGUCACUAAAAUUUAAAUUCACUCUCACAUUUAAAAUACAAUAAUAGUCUCACAUUUUUAGAACGUCUUAAAAUGCGAACCAUAUACCUCUUAGUUAUUUAUUACA